UCUGCUUCCUACAUUUUAUAGACCCCACCCCCUUCCCAUCCCCCAUUUACUCUCUCUUCUCUCUCCCUCAUGCACAACCCAACCCAACCCACUGACUGAUCACCACCAUAAACCACCACCACCCACAAAACAAAAUGGGCAAAACAUCCAGAUUCUUCAAAUCAUUGUUCGGCUGGAGUUUCUUCAAAUCCCACGGAGAUAAACAUGCCAAGGUUCAACCACGUCAUCAUCGUUCCUCCGGUCAAACAACCGAUGGUUCAAGUUCAGCCAAUCAUGCUAUUGCAGUUGCUGCCGCUGACGACGCCGUUGCAGCUGCUCAUGCCGCCGCGGAGGUGGUGCGUUUGACGAACAGAACAGCGGUUGUUGGCUCCGGUUACGGUGUCGCCGGGGAAUGGUCGGCGGUUAAAAUACAAUCUUACUACAGAGGUUAUCUGGCGAGGAAAGCGUUACGUGCGUUAAAAUCGUUGGUGAAGCUUCAGGCCCUGGUGAGGGGUCACAUUGUAAGGAAACAAGAUGCAGAUGAGUAUAGACGUUUGCAGGCUCUGGUUCGAGUUCGAGCCCAGGCGAGAGCCCGUGCGUGCCAGGUCCAGAUCACCGAGUCACCCCAGUCAACCACCAAGGGGCCUCCAACUCCUGAAAAGUUUGAGCACGUCCAUCGACCCCGGAUGAUAAAACAUAAUCAACCAUCGAUGCUAAAGAGUAACUGUUCUAGGCUGUUUGACGACCGCACCGAAAAAAUCCUUGAAAUGGACACCACAAAAUCCCACACAAGACGACGAAGUCUCUUCCAACCGGACCAGAUCAGUUACAGUCAUAGUCAAAGUUUGACCACUUCUCGAGGGUCAACACUCCACCCAAUGGGCCCUAGCCCAAGUGGCUCAUGUGAAGUAAGUUCUCUAACUGGCCCUUUAAAGUGGAUUCCUCAUGACUUUGAGGAACAAGUUUCUUUAAGCACUGUCCAAAAUAGCCCUCCUUUUUACACCUAUACUUCUAAGAACGGGUCGAUGAGGGUGAGCCCGUUUACCCCGGCUAAGAGUGACAGUUCGAGAAGCUGUCUUAGUGGCUACUCGGACCAGCCUAACUACAUGGCGUACACGGAGUCUUCACGGGCUAAAGUCAGGUCUGUAAGUGCCCCUAGACAAAGGCCUCAUUUGGAGUUUCCUAGCACCACAAAGAGGUAUUCUGUCUACGGAUACGGUUCAGUUGCUCAUCGUGGUUCAAACUUACGGGAUAGUUUUGUGAGCAAAGCAUAUCCGGGUUCGGGCCGGCUUGAUCGGCUCGGGAUGCCGAUUGGAGGUGGCAUCGGUUUUCGUGAAAGUGAGUUUAGCGGUGGUUAUUGGAAUUAGCAGCUUAUAUAUGUUAGCUUUGUUACAUUUGAGUAAGUGGUUGGAGUGAGAGUGCCAUUUGAAAGUUAUGAUGGCCAUUUUGUAAUUUUCUCUAUAUUGAGGGGUUGAUAUGGACUUUUACUAAUGUAGGCGUUUUAUAUCCUUGUUAUUCCAUCAGUAUGUAAUUCAUUUAAAAUCAUCAAGUUGGGAUCAAAA